UCAAAAUUAAAAAGUGACAUAGAGGGCAAAAUGGUAAACGAUACAUUCGCCGGUGGUCCAUAGUUAGAUUGCCAAAUUCCGGCGGAAUCCGAGUCGGAGAGCGUCUGAUGAAUCAACCAUAAUCACAUUUUUCUGACGAAGACGAUGACUUACCGCCGUCUCAAGCACUCGUCGAGAAACCUCGUUGAUCAACUCUCGAACCUUAAAUUCUUCAAUUCAUCUCGUUCCUCCAUUUCAGCAGGUCUUCAGAGUCGCUCCAUUCAAACUUUUGAGCUGGUCAAAGAAGAUGUUUGCUAUCACAAACACAUUGUUUCAAGGCAUAUUUGCUUCUUAAAAGGUUCUGGUAUUGGUAUUCCUGCUUCUUUACGGGGAGUUCAGAGUAAUGCUUUUCGAAUUCAUUCUAGAAAUCUUGCUUCAGUGGCCACCGUUCCUUCGAGAAACCCAUCUUUUGCUAUGAUUAGUUGUGAUGAUAUAAGCUAUUUCAAGAAGAUAUUGGGUGAAAAGGGUGUUGUUCAGGAGGAGUUGAAGCUGGAUGAUGCAAACACGGAUUGGAUGAGGAAGUACAAAGGCUCAAGUAAGCUUAUGUUACAACCAAGAAGCACCCAUGAGGUCUCAGAGAUUCUUAAUUACUGUAAUUCCAGAUGCCUGGCUGUUGUACCCCAAGGUGGAAAUACGGGUCUUGUUGGAGGAAGUGUACCCGUGCAUGAUGAGGUAAUUAUCAGUGUUAGCUCCAUGAAUAACAUCAUUUCCUUUGACAAGGUUAGCGGUAUACUGGUAUGUGAAGCAGGAUGUAUUCUGGAAAACUUGAUUACUUUUCUGGAUAAUGAAGGGUAUAUUAUGCCACUGGAUUUAGGUGCUAAAGGAAGCUGCCAAAUUGGGGGUAAUGUCUCAACUAAUGCUGGAGGUUUGCGCCUUAUCCGAUAUGGCUCACUUCAUGGAAGUGUUCUUGGUCUUGAAGUUGUAUUAGCAAAUGGUACUGUGCUUGAUAUGCUUGGGACUUUACGCAAAGACAACACAGGAUACGACUUGAAGCAUUUGUUCAUAGGGAGCGAGGGGUCUUUGGGAAUAGUAACAAAGGUUUCCAUACUAACCCCUCCAAAGUUGUCUUCGGUCAACCUAGCUUUCCUUGCUUGCGAGGAUUAUGUCAGUUGUCAGAAACUCUUGUCAGAAGCCAAGAGGAAGCUUGGAGAAAUUCUUUCUGCAUUUGAGUUUUUGGAUGUCAGCGCUAUGGAUCUGGUUCUGAAACAUUUAGAUGGCAUUCGCGAUCCAUUACCUUCUUCAAAGCACAACUUCUAUAUUGUUAUUGAGACCACGGGCAGCAUGGAAUCUCAUGACAAAGAGAAGCUUGAAGCAUUCCUCCUUUCGUCUAUGGAGAGUGGAUUGUUAACAGAUGGAGUUAUAGCACAAGAUAUAAAUCAAGCAUCAUCAUUUUGGCGAAUACGCGAGGGAAUACCUGAAGCUUUGAUGAAAGCAGGGGCUGUAUAUAAAUACGACCUGUCUCUUCCCCCAGAGAAGAUGUAUGAUGUUGUUGACGAAAUGCGUGAACGGCUUGGCACUGCGGCAAAUGUAGUGGCUUAUGGUCACCUUGGAGAUGGCAAUUUGCAUCUCAAUAUCUCAGCACGAGAAUACGAUGAUAGUAUAUUAUCACAGAUUGAACCUUUUGUGUACGAGUGGACAUCUAAGCAAAGAGGUAGCAUUAGUGCUGAGCAUGGUCUUGGAUUGAUGAAAGCAAACAAAAUUCAUUACAGCAAGUCUGCUGAAACUGUGCAACUAAUGGGUGCCAUGAAGAAGCUACUUGAUCCUAAUGGAAUACUCAACCCAUAUAAAGUUCUUCCAACUUCGAUUUCACAAAGUGGAGUGAACUAACCAAAGAAGGAAGCUUGAUCCAAAUGGUAUCAUCGUUAAAUAAUUCACCGACUUCUUUCGAUGGGCAAGUUAGAGCUGUUUAUAAUCACUAAACUUGUGACUGAAUAAGAGGUAAUGUUGUCGAGUGAGCAUGUAAUAAAAUUGCCGAGCUAAUGUGUAUGUGUUCAGGUAUAUGUAAUGAUAAUCAUGUUUCACUUUUUUCGGAUAAAAAAGAACGUUGUACAUCUUCUGUCAAGUACACAGAAGCUGAAGACAGCUGACAACAAUUCCAAGUUUUAUUAUAUUUUGCAAAACCA